CGUGGUUGCUUGGUUGCGCGUCGACUCGUUUCACUGCAAGUUGGUCCGUUAUGAUACGUGUAUACUACUUUGCCAGAUGUCGCCUAUCGCUCGGCGAGACGUAAUUUUCGUUUCGUACGAGUUGCUCGAUCCGCCAUAAGACGUACGCAUUUACGUCGGUAUCGAGAUUCAAAGUGAUCGCACCUGCGACAAUUUGCUUGGAAAGCCUGGAAUCCUGUACAAUUCGGACCACGAUUUUCUCAUUCUACGUAUCGUUAGUUUACGUUUUAGGUUUUCAAUGACAUACCGUAUCCGCGACCGAUAGAAGGCAAGCCAAGGUCGGAGAACGCGUGAAUCGCGCGAACGAACGGAUGUCGCGCGUCGUGGCGUCGGAUGCCGCUGGCACGGCGUCGCGUGGUUGCGUCGUUGCGUCGUCGCGUCGUCCAACGGCCCCCCGAGAGAGCUUGCGAAGCGCAUGCGAAGGAAUUCGAUGGGCGGCAAACUCGUCGAAACCGUGAAUCGUGUUUCCAGUUUAUCCGACGUCGUUUCUCGUUGCACGACGCUCCGAUACCGCCGCUCUCGUCGACCGUUUCUCCUCGAAAUAUAUCGCGCCACAUGAAAAACCUAGAUUACUUCGUUGAACCAUAUAAUUGCCAUUAAUUUAAUCACGUUCUAAGACAAAAAGAAAAAAAAAAAAAAAAGAAAAGAAAGAAAAGAACAAAACCGUAUUUCAGUGAUUUCGAGGCAAACGAAAGAUCUCAGUCUUCUCGUCAUACGUAUAAUAUAACGAUAUACAGAAUUUGUACGUUCGAUCGAAAAUCCACGUGUAAUUUAAAAUCAAAUUCCGCUUCUAUCGGCGAUAGAUUUAAACGGCGACGGUUUCGAUCAAGUACACAAGCUAGCGAAUGAAAAAUAUUAUUAUCAAACAGCCGAACGUUUGCUCGUACUCGUCGAUGCAAUGGUAAAAGACGAUACAUGGUAGGUAAAAGUAGCAAUUCGAUCAACAUCGAUGAAAUCGAGACCGACCUGCGACAGAUCCGAACGAGUCGUUGAACGUACGAACGGCCGCGUCAUACACCGCGUCGAGAUCGACCACCGAGUCGAAUAAUUAAAAUAUCGCGGGAUCCUAUAAAAAUGACAGGAUCCAGGAUCAGACGCUAUCCUAGCCUUGGUGAAUCGAACGACGCGUUAGAUCCUCCGUGUGUACGGAAAUGAAGCAAAACCGCCUUUUUUUUUUCUCUUCGAAUUUCUAUCGACACGCUUGUUGGAACGUUGUCGAAACUCGUACGAACCAAGAUGAUUACGACGCGUUCAACGUUCGAUAAAACGCCGCAGAAAACUCUCAGAGAAUAGGGGGAGAAAAUCUGCAAUUUCGAAACUACUUUCACGAAAAGAAAAAAAAAGGAAGAAAAGAAGAAAAGUAGGCGGGUUAUGUGUAUUCCGAUGAAAUUUUCGAUUCGCAAUCGUGUGCGAAUAUCCCGGACGACGGAUAAUAUCGCGAAGUGGAAUUUACACGAAGCUGUAAUCGGUUAGCUUCCUGCACGAUUCUCUCUCUCUCUCUCUCUCUCUCUCAACGAGAAGAACUGGAACGCCGUUGGCUCGGGAAAGAAGAGAAACAAGCAUCGAAACGGAAAAGUUGAUCCACGAGACAGGAAUAACGCGGAAACAACUUGGCCCGGAAGAAAGGAAUUUCAAGUCUGCCGGCGAUAAAGGUUGGAAAGCGGGCCGAACGAGUCCGUUCGGAGUAAAAAGUGCAACGCGUAAAAUAGAAAAGAACGUAAGCAGAAAAAAGACGAAACGUUGAAAGAAACGAACUGGCGCUGCUCGGCCAGUGUUCGCGCAAACUUGCGAAUCGCUCGAACAGAGAAAGCUGUCGCUGUUGACUCUCGAGAGAUUUCGUCGGAUACGAAGAUAGUUUUCCGUAACUAACGGCAGGCUAUCCGAUCGAUACUCGUCUCCUUCAGUUGCAUUCCACUUUCAGGUAUUGGCGCAUCCAGCGGCGCGAUCGCGCUUAUCUUACCAUUCCACGGAAACCGACUCGAUCGUCGAACGACGACCAUCCGAACGACCACUCGGACUCGCUGGAAUUCAUCGAGCGACACGCGUAUUCCGAUCGCACCGACCAUCGUCUUCCGUGCUCUGUAGCGCACGGAAACGAAAGCGACGCUCUAUUUUAUGGUAAUUAGAUAGAGGCGGAGAUAAGGUUUCGUAGGCCGCUCGAAAAAAUACGCAGCGUGAUAUACGGAGGGCGUAGGAUAUCUUGGAACGAACUAUUUUCGUGACUACUUGGUCGCUCGUCGACAGACUCCGAAAGGCGAACACGCUGAAACGCCACAGGCCUCGAAGAACCUUUCGGACCAGACCACCGAUCUUUCUUCCACGAUCUAGAUCCAAAUUACCAGAGAUUACCUCGCGGCCACUUUUUUAAACAUUCCGCGAUAUCGAGACGAAGAUCCGUUGGUGAAAUUCUGAGGCGGUUAUUUCCCAUCGGCGAAUUCCGAAUUUGCGAACGCGAUGCAUAUCGAAGGCCGACUAGUCGUCGGUUGACCAAUUACUCGCUAAAACGUUGUCCGUGUCGAUUGGAAGGAUCGAGAGACCUGUCGCGGUAUCCGGCGAUACAAUCGCGGAUACGCCAGUUUGGUGGAAUAAUCGAAAGAUUUCAGAGAUCUAAGAAUAUCAAAGUAAAUCGAUCCGUGCCACACGUACGCCACCAGUUAGAAACAUUCCGUGUUUAUUGACAUUGUGUGGGAUUUAAAUCUACGAACGAAACGAGAGGAAUAUUUUUUUUCAACAGCUAGUUGGAAACACUUGUCACUCGUUCGCCAGUUCUGAAUCGAACGUUCUGAACCGAAUUUACCUCCGCACGAGUGGACAGAUAUUUAUAAUAUUUCCUACUUUCACGAACAAACAAACGGACGACCGUCGAGAGAAUGGACGAAGAAUUCGAGGAAUUUCAGGAAAUAUUAAACGUUACUGAAAACCGUCGAUCGAUAUCCGAGAAGAACUCGAACCAACAAGUUUAAGAAACACCUUAUAUUCCUUCUUAUAUUCGAAAUUGGACGAUCCGUUGUCGUCGAAAGUCGAAUGUUUUCGAUCCGAUCGUUCAUCCUGCCCCAGCUUCCGUUAUUACGCGAAUCGUCUCCGUGAAUUUAAUCAACUUUUCUCGUUAGAUUUACCUUAUCGUCGUGCAAGAUCGUCGUGACACGAUACUGGCAGAAAAACGCGCAAGAAUGCUAACUAAAAGAGUAACCAAGGUAAUCUCACGCGGACAUAGCGCUCCCGAUAGUAUUCCGAACUUACGUUGAAUCUCUCGGCAAGCUGGAUAAUUCGUUGGUUGGAGAUAAUCAGGAAAAUUGGUUAGUCGCGAUCAGUUGUUGGAAUAUCGUCGGACCGAUAAAAAUUUCGAGUCGGUCGGCGAGCGAAAUUUUUAAACGACGAACCGAUAACGGAGAGACGGGAUCGUCGGAUCUUGCGAUCGGUGUUGCGAAAACUCGAGCGAAGAUCGCGAGUGAAAAUAGAAAAUGGAAAUCGAGGCCGCUUCGAAUCUUUCGUAGAGAAUCUUUCGAGGCAGAUCGGCGCGUUUUAUGGAAAAUAAGAGAGGAAAGAGAUACAGGUAAAGAGAAGGAAACAUGUUGUCCGUCGCGUCCACGUACAAUCUACGUACGAGAUGCGGCGUUCAGGACUCCUCGAGCGUAGACGUAUCUGCACGUUCCCGACGGUCCGCCGCCACCCCAACCACGUGGGUCAAUUUGACGCAUUACGGUUACAGAAACAGAAGCUUCGAUUCGAGCCUAGAUUUCGAGGAGAAACCGAUAGAAGCUUGUCACGCUCUAUACUUUCUACUGGAUUUCUUUCAUCAGUACUACAUUCCCUCCAUCAUUUUGCUAGGCUUGGUAGGCAAUCUGUUGUCCUGCGUCGUCUUUCUAAACACACAUCUGAGAAUACGAAGCUCCAGCUAUUACCUGGCCGCCCUGGCCACCGCCGACUUUGGCUUCUUAGUCACUUUGCUUUUAGUUUGGUUGAACAACACGCUAGGAUGGAAGGUGUUCAAUAAAGAGGGUUGGUGCGAAACGUUGGUCUAUGUGAGCGCCGUUUGCAGCUCUUUGAGCGUCUGGUUAAUCGUUGCGUUCACGGUGGAGAGAUUCAUAGCUGUUCAGUACCCUCUGCACAGACCUCAUAUAUGCACUAUAGCCAGGGCAAAGACCAUCGUGCUGGUGUUGGUGAUCUUGGCUUUGGCCAGUCAUUCCUACUCCUUCGUCACGGCCGGAGUGAUCAACAGGGACGGUGAGGAUUAUUGCGAUCUGAAGGUCGAAUACUUGGAGACGAUGAAGAUAAUCAGCAUAAUCGACAGCAUCGCCAGUCUAAUCGCGCCGCUCGUACUCAUCAUCGUCAUGAACACUAUGAUCAUGAGGAACUUGUUGAGGUUCAGCAGGCGAUUCAAGCAGUCUUCGACCACGUCCACGGACUACCCGAGCAGAGAACAGUCGGACAUCAAUCUGAAUCAGAUUCCGAGUGCCGGCAGCAGCAACAACGGCGCUGGCGGCAUUAAUCUGGGACCAGUGGUCGGAGGCCGACGGCCACCUUCGCAGCAAUCGUUUCACUCGUCCAAGAACAACCAUUCUCAUCACUCUCGGCAUCAAACCACGUCCGCGCCGUCAUCAACCCCACGAAACGCUUGUCAGUUACCCGAAAUAGCAACUCGCUGUAUACAUAUUAGAUCGUCCUCGAGAAAUCUCGUGUCGACGAGGAAUCAACAGAGCAUCACGAAAAUGCUGCUUCUCAUCAGCACCGUUUUCAUUCUUCUCAAUUUGCCGAGCUACGUGAUCCGAUUGUGCGUAUUCUUCUUCACGCUGGCCCGCAAGAACACGCCCGACCUGCUCUGGUGUUUGCAGCAGUUCUUCAUGCUCCUCUAUUACACCAACUUCAGCAUCAAUUUCUUAUUGUACGCAAUGUGCGGCAUCACGUUUAGGCGUUGUCUGCAACAGUUGCUGCGCAAGAUACUGAAAACCAUGACCAGGUACCAUUGCAACCUACGACGAUAACGUAUAGGAGCGACGGAAACGUUUUCGAGCAAAUUCAAGUAUACAACCACGGCGAUCCCAAUUGCGUCGCGCGACGCGCGACGCGCACCACCAUUAUGUUCGCCCGUUUCUCACCCUCGUUGUUACGUCGUCGUCGUCGUCGUCUUCGUAGCGCCGUUCGAUUCGACCAUCCGUUUACUUCGACGAGCAAAACGACGCGUGUAACGCGAUCAAAUAUCCAUGUUGAACCGCUUUGUUCCGCUGUCGGAGCUACUGAGCGUGAAAAGUCUGAGAAACGUUUGCGACUACGUUGCUCGAUCGUGUAAGCGAGAAAUGAAAAUAGAAAAUAUUUACGAGUUUACGACGAUUACCGGUUUUCAUCUUUGCAAGAUCUUUUGAAAUUUCGAGUAAAUGGUCGAUCCUCGACGAAGGAGAUUAUGCGCGAUUAUGUGCGAUUAUAUGCGAUUACCGGUGAUUUAAAUAAGUCAAAGACCUACAUAUCCUAUUCUAUCCUAUUCGAAACAGGAUAAAAGGAUAUUUAUAUUAAAAGCAAAAGGAUAAACUUGUAACUUUCAACGAUCUCGACACCUCGGUUUAAUACACGCGUAUCUAGCAUAGCAUCCAUCUUGGAACGUUGCAUGGAAAAAUUCGCAGACUCGCUGUAAAAUUCGUUAUUUCUAUGUGGCAUUUACUUGUAUCGUGGAAACUACGUAUCGAUGAUAGAAAUUAGACAAAUUAUACGAAACUACAGGUGUAUCGUUACGCUUUGUCAGUGCUCCGACGUUCGAUCAAAUUUCCCACUUGGAACGUUCGACCGAAUUACCUAUACGUAAGUAAACGAUAAAUGUCUCAACGUCUUCUAAACGUGUCUUUGUUUAAAUUAUAAAUUAUUUGUCUCGCACCGCUCAACAACCUCGUAAAAUACCAACGAAACUUGAAAAUUGUCGAGCGUUUAAAAUUCAAUGGCUACCUAAUUACCUAAUUACCUAAUUACCUAAUUACAUAAUUACUUAAUUGUCUAAUUACCUAAUUACCGAUAGAGUAAAACUCGGCGUAAUCGAUACGCGAACGAGCCGAGUUGGUUUAUUAAACGAAAAGAUUGCUCUGAUAUAAUCGAUCGUUCGGCAGGUAAUUGGAACGAAACAGCUUCGUAAACAUUAUUAUUACGAACAACGUCGAUGUCUAUCUCGAGGCAAUUCUUGCACCCGCUGUAUCGCGUAGAGUCGUUGACAAAACUGGCAAAUCCGCGUUUCCGCUUUACAUCGUAUCGUAUUAUCGGAUUUCUUCGAUACUCGCGUAUUGUAAACGCAAAGAAAGUUGACGCGAGUGCGAUCGAAUCGACGUAAAUCGAAUUUUUCAACUUUUAUUCCAUAUCCAUAGAUAUUUCGUGCGUACAGAAUGUCUGAAAGAUACGAGACAAAUUCGCUUAUACGAAAUUCCCUACGAUAAAGAAAACGUAAAACCGAUAUGUUUCUAUUAUCUUUGAAACAGCAUUUUUUUAGUGAAUUAUGUGAAUUAUAUACGUAUAAAUAGCGAAAUACCUAGGUAAUUGUUUUAUUUUUUAUAUCGAGUUGUAGAAAUCGUUUUCGCGUUGUUCGAAGGCUGGAUUUCGAAGGAACAGCAUAUUUACCGAUAAUUAGCGUAAAAGGAAUCGCUACUGUAAAUAUCUCGACUAACGACUAACCGUAUAAUUUAGAUAUAAGGUAAAUAUUUUUAAAUAUACCCAAGACACUGAAAAAA